CGUGUCUUCGCUACCUAUCACGACAGCCCGAGCAUUCCCUGCUUCAUUCAUAUCAUCACAUAGCAUUGAUUCACUUUUAUUUCAACUCGAGACAAUGGGCAGCGCCGAGAAUGUGCUCACAACCGAUCGCGAUGAGUUCUGGCUUUUCGGUUAUGGGAGUCUAAUAUGGAAACCACCUCCUCACUUUGACAGGAGAAUCCCCGGCUGGGUGACAGGUUAUGUCCGGCGUUUCUGGCAGGCAAGCCAAGACCAUCGCGGCACCCCGGAAGCCCCCGGCCGCGUCGUCACCCUCCUCGAACGUGACUACUGGGCCAGCCUGACCGACCACCAUGACCACGCCCCGGACCGCGUGUGGGGCGUAGCCUACCGGAUCCGACCGGACCGCGUCGCCGAGGUCAAGGAUUACCUCGACAUCCGGGAGAUCAACGGCUACACCAUCCACUACACCGCCUUCCACCCGGCCCCUCCUACCACUGCAUCCCUUUCCGACUCUCCUCCCGACGAGCUCCCUCGCGCGUACCACGACGGCGCCGCCAUCCAGACCCUUGUCUACAUCGGCACCCCGGACAACGAUCAGUUCACAGGUCCCCAAGACCCUCAGGCUCUCGCCGCCCACAUCUACAAGAGCGUCGGUCCCAGUGGCCGCAACAUCGAUUACCUUUUCAACCUCCACGAGGCUCUCGAACAGCUCAGCCCCGAGAGCGGCGACGAGCAUAUCCGAGACCUGGCCGAGCGCGUGCAAGCCAUAAUAGCCGCCGAGGAGUCACGUGGCCACGAUCCCCAGUCCGAAUUACCCGAAACCAGCGGUGAAUUUCAGAAAAACGCCAGCACUGAGGAGCAGGAGGAAACGGAGAAAGAUGCCCCUGGGAGCUAAAAUGUCUCGGGUGGAUGGCGCGUGGGUGGGGUCAACGAAAAAAAAGUCUCCUUCAGCAAUAUGUCCUUUGGUCUCUACCUGGGCCCUGACCAUGUUUCCCUCCCAUUCCGUAUACCCUUUGUACCUCACGUUGACCUCUUCUCCCUACCCUCGUUCGCACCCUUCCGUGAUAUCCCCUCUCCUAAACCCGUGCGGAGGACAAGCUACUCAUAGAGAGACAUCCAGGUAGACGUUAGACCCUCAAGAAUCCGUUUUCUCCGCCAGUGCCGAACCGGCCCCUCGUUCGCCCUUCCAU